CUUUGAUUUCAUUUCAUUUCAUUUCCACACACACACACACACUUCUUCUUCUUCUGUGAUACAGAUGGGAACCAUGGAGGCGGAGAUAGGCGGAGGAGUGGUGGCCGUAAACCCUAAGCCGAGCAAAGGCUUCAGUUCUAAAGCAGUUGAUUGGUUAGAGAAGCUUCUGGUGAAGUUGAUGCAUGAUUCAUCGCAGCCUCAUCACUGGCUGUUAGGUAACUUUGCUCCUGUUGGUGAUGAAACUCCUCCUUGCACAGAUCUCUCCGUCAUCGGUCACCUUCCGGAGUGUCUGAAUGGCGAGUUUGUUAGAGUAGGUCCUAAUCCAAAGUUUGCUCCUGUGGCUGGAUAUCACUGGUUUGAUGGAGACGGCAUGAUCCAUGGCUUGCGGAUCAAAGAUGGAAAAGCAACUUAUCUCUCACGUUAUGUAAAAACAUCUCGUUUGGAACAAGAAGAAUAUUUUGGAGGAGCUAAAUUUAUGAAGAUUGGAGAUCUUAAGGGGUUUUUUGGUCUAGUGAUGGUCCAAAUGCAAAUGCUUAGAUCAAAACUGAAAGUUCUAGAUCUUUCAUAUGGCCAAGGGACAGGAAACACGGCUCUCAUAUAUCACCAUGGAAAGCUCUUGGCGCUAUCAGAAGGAGAUAAACCAUAUGCCAUUAAAGUAUUGGAGGAUGGUGACCUGCAAACUCUUGGCUUGAUGGAUUAUGAUAAGAGGCUUUCUCACACAUUCACUGCUCACCCAAAGAUUGAUCCAGUUACCGGUGAGAUGUUUGCAUUCGGAUACUCACAAAAACCACCAUUUGUCACAUACCGUGUGAUUUCAAAGGAAGGUGUUAUGGAUGAUCCUGUGCCAAUAACUAUACCAGAAUCAGUAAUGAUGCAUGACUUUGCGAUUACCGAGAAUUAUGCUAUCUUCAUGGAUCUACCUUUGUACUUUAAACCAAAAGAAAUGGUGAAGGAGAAAAAGUUGAUUUACAUUUUUGAUAAAACAAAGAAAGCUCGAUUUGGUAUUCUUCCACGGUAUGCAAAGAACGAGCUCCAGAUUAAAUGGUUUGAGCUUCCAAAUUGCAUGAUAUUUCAUAAUGCAAAUGCAUGGGAGGAAGGAGAUGAAGUUGUUUUGAUUACAUGUCGCCUUCAAAAUCCAAAUUUGGAUAUGGUCGGUGAUGGUGCUCGAGAAAAGCUUGAUAAAGAUUUCUCAAACGAGCUAUUCGAGAUGAGAUUCAACAUGGAAACCGGUCUUGCUUCUCAGAAAAAGUUGUCCGAGUCUGCUGUUGAUUUUCCUAGGGUCAACGAGUAUUACACUGGCAGGAAACAACGCUAUGUGUAUGCAACAAGGCUUGACAGCAUUGCAAAGGUCACCGGCAUUGUUAAAUUUGAUUUACAUGCAGAACCCGAAGUUGGAAAAACAAAGCUUGAAGUCGGAGGAAAUGUUCAAGGGAUAUAUGAUCUUGGGCCCGGUAGAUUUGGUUCAGAGGCAAUAUUUGUCCCUAAAGUUCCAGGUGUCGAUUCUGAAGAAGAUGAUGGCUACUUGAUCUUCUUUACACAUGAUGAAAACACCGGGAAAUCGUCUGUAACAGUUAUAGAUGCGAAAACAAUGUCUCCUGAUCCAGUUGCGGUUGUUCCAUUGCCCCAAAGAGUUCCAUACGGUUUCCAUGCCUUCUUCGUGACAGAGGAACAAAUUCAAGAACAAGCAAGGUUCUGAGUUAAUUGGAGGUGAGAACCAGUUAUCGCAGAUGGGUAAUAACGUUUGUUUCUAAGCAUUGUAUACAGUUUUAGAGUAUCAUAAUACGAAUCCAAUGUAUAUGCACAUAAAUACUUUAUAUGUGAUAUGCAGUUAAUAUUGUCUUGUUAACGCGUUUGGUCACGUUGACCAAACUUGACGUUAGAUAUGAACGUUAUGUUAAUAUGAAAUUACCAUCCUACCCUUUUACUGUUUAAAAAAA